AUGGCUGACCCCACCCCAGCUCCUAAAAAACUAGGUCUUUCUCAGGUCUCCCUCAUAUUCGCUUGUGGUACUGCGCUAUUCUCAGACGGCUACGCAAAUGGUGUUAUAGGAAGUGAUGUCGGCUACUUUGAUUGUCGCCGUCUUUUCUUUUCUCUCGGCUUGUUCGGCGGGAGCCCAUGGAGUACUGGAGGAAUGUUAGCGAUGCUCUCUGCCUGUCGUUUCUUGUUAGGGAUUGGUGUCGGCGCAGAAUACCCGUCAGGCUCUGUGGCAGCUUCAGAACAAUCUGAAGAGGAAGGGAUUGCCAAAAAUGCACAGCACCGCUGGUUUGCAUUGGCUACUAAUACAAUGAUUGAUACGGGUUUCGUAAUUUCAGCGUUCACACCUCUGGUCCUGUUAUGGAUUUUUGGCGAGAACCACUUGCGUGCAGUGUGGCGUGGAUCUCUUGGACUGGGUACCAUUCCAGCUCUCGCAGUACUGGUCUGGCGUUUGCGCAUGUCGGAACCGACUCGCUAUCGACAGGACUCUAUGCGUAAUGCGAAAACUCCCUACUUGCUCAUUGUAAGGCGUUACUGGAAGAGCCUCGCGGCCAUUAGCAUAACUUGGUUCAUCUACGAUUUUAUCACGUAUCCGUUCGGUAUCUACUCGUCAACAGUAGUAGAUAGCAUCAUUGGAGGUACUGAUAGUCUCUAUGUCAUCUUCGGAUGGAACGUAGUUAUCAACUUGUUCUACAUCCCUGGCACAUUGACUGGCGCAUUCAUCGUGGACUUCCUAGGUCCAAAAUAUACGAUGAUCGUCGGCUUGUUGUGUCAAGCGAUAAUCGGAUUCGGAAUGAGUGGUGGAUAUGAAUACUUGAAGAACCACAUAGCUGGAUUUGCGGUACUGUACGGCAUUUUCCUGUCGUUCGGGGAGCUAGGUCCCGGAAAUUGCCUCGGUCUCUUGGCGUCUAAGAGUGGGCCUACAGCCGUUAGAGGACAGUUUUACGGUAUCGCCGCCGCCAUUGGCAAAGUUGGAGCCUUUGUAGGAACAUGGGCCUUCCCACCUAUGAUUGACGCUUUCGGUGGCGCUUCCUCCACACGAGGCAACACUGGUCCAUUCUGGGUCGGCAGUGGACUGGCGAUUUUGAGUGCGCUGAUCACACUUGCAUUCAUUCGGCCUCUGUCCCAUGAUGGGAUGAUGGAUGAAGACGCCAAGUUCCGAGAAUAUCUGGCCAAACAUGGCUAUGAUACCUCGAAGAUGGGAGCCGCUUCGACGGGCGAUGUCGAUAGCGUCGAAGCACAAACUUUAGGUACGGAGAAGGAAAAAGGUUCGAUGUAG